AUGGCAACUACCAAUUCCGACACUGGUUCUCAUGCCAAUGCCAGUACUGGUGUAGGUCAUGACAACCAACCAUUACCAGUUAUCGCGCUUGAUCCUACUGAACAGAAGAUCAGAGAUCUGCUAGUGAAAUUCUCAAGUGUGUUUGAGAAAUCCGAGAAAAAUAAAAGAGAAGAUGGUGGUGCAGACUCUAAAGAACCUGUGGUGCUUCGGAUUACUGGUGGUUGGGUUAGAGAUAAACUACUAGGGAAAGCCUCUCAUGAUAUUGAUAUUGCUAUUAAUACCUCUACUGGACUUGUUUUUGCUGAAGCACUUAACGAAUAUAUUACUGAAAAUGCACAGGUCUUGGGACUUGAGGCUCGUUCAAUUCACAAGAUCGAAAAGAACCCAGAAAAGUCGAAACAUUUGGAAACUGCCACUACUAAAUUAUAUGAUUUAGACAUAGAUUUUGUCAACCUACGUGCUGAGGAGUAUGCUGGAGAUUCACGAAUUCCUACUGUUCGAUUCGGGACUCCUGAGGAAGAUGCAUAUAGACGAGAUGCGACACUCAAUGCGUUGUUUUAUAAUUUACAGGAGCAAAAAGUGGAAGACUUUACAGGACGAGGAUUACAAGAUCUUCGAGAUGGAAUCUUGCGAACUCCCUUACCAUCUUUUGUGACAUUUGAUGAAGAUCCAUUGCGUGUGUUGAGACUCAUUCGGUUUUCCAGCACCUUUGGGUUUGAGAUUGAAGAAUCCGCAACUCAGGCAAUGUCCGACCCUCGAAUAAGGUUGGCGCUUAUCCGCAAAAUCAGUCGUGAAAGAGUUGGUACCGAGGUGGGAAAAAUCCUUCGUAGCAGCAAUCCCGCAAAGGGUCUUAAUGAGAUUGCCGAACUGGGUCUUGAGGAUUCUAUUUUCUUACUCCUAGAUGCAUAUAAACCAAAAGGUUUUGAAGCACCACCAUCUCAAUUAAUACCAUGUGUAAAAGUUCUUGAUGAGCUUGUAAAGUCGACUCCUGAACAACUACACCCAGAACUCCGAAGUGCUAAUAUUCUCAACUCUCCAAGUCUAUGGCUAGCAUCAGCUCUGAACCACUGGGGAACAAUUCAAGCUAUAGAUGAAAAGAAAAAGCCAGCUUCCGCUGUCAGCUUGAUAAUCAGAGACGGACUCAAACUUCCCAAUAAUGAGGGUAAGCUUGUUUCGGACUUAUAUGCCCUAGAAACGGCCGUACAAGAGGCUGCCAGCAAUUUUGAGACAUUGUCUCGAAAGGAUCUUGGCGUACUGAUUAGAAAAUGUGACCAACAUUGGAGACUAUAUUUUGUGUUUGCCAUGAUCAAGCAGCUAAUGGCCGAAAACUCCAAUGCCAAUGAGAUCUUUGCUAACUACUCUAGCCUCAUUGACAAAGUGUAUGCCUUUGACGUAGCCGACGCCUGGGCCUUGAAGCCACUUGUCAAUGGCAAACAAAUUCAACAGGCCUUUGGUCUUCGAAAAGGUGGCCCUUAUCUUGCUGAAACACUCAACUCUCUGAUUGAAUAUCAGCUUGCCAAUCCAGGAGUUUCCGAGGCCGAAUGUCUUGACUACAUCAUGACAUUAAAAUGUAAAUAUGUAUCUGCAUAA